AUUGCUUCAGAAUGGCGGGAUUUUCCAUCUGCAGCUUAUUAUUACUCCUAACAAUUUUUAACAGUAUUUUUAGUGAUACAAAUGUCUCAGCAUCGCAGGGUACGGAAACAAUAUCAAGAAAAGUUUCCCUCCUGAGGGAGCAAAUGCGAUUGCAUAAUAUAUCCGCAUAUAUCAUCAGCGACGGAGAUGAACAUCAGACUGAUUACAUUGUUGCUGAACGUGACAGAAGGCGAGCAUGGAUUUCCGGUUUCUCCGGGUUACAAGGGGACGCCGUAGUUACCAUGAACAAAACUGCUCUCUGGACUUUGAAAUCCUUGUGGUUCCUGGCAAAACAGGAAAUUCCUAGUGAUUGGAUCUUGAUGGAAUCAUGCCCAGGCCCGACUUCAAAAUAUUUGCCAAUAGAGGCUUGGCUAUUGAACGAACUUGAAUCCGGAAGUAGGGUUGGUGCGGAUCCAAACGUGGCCUAUACGCAAUGGAUCGAGUGGGAUCAAAAACUGCGAUGGAAGAAUAUCUCGCUUGUAGCGCUGGAGGAAAAUUUAAUCGAUUUGAUCUGGAAAGAUCAACCCGGAUUCCGAAAAGAUCCACUCUACGAUUUACCACUAAAAAUUACAGGACAAACUCAGGAAGAAAAACUGAAGUUGAUUCGCGAGGACAUGGCAGAAUUAAAAACUGAUCUCUAUGUAGUGUCUGCUCUUGAUGAAAUUGCGUGGAUUACAAAUAUGAGAGGGACCGAUAUUCCUUACGUCCCAGUUUUUCGAUCUCAUAUGCUGAUUGGAAAAGAUUUCGCAAAAGUUUAUCUUCCUCCAGAAAAGCAGAGUUCUAAAGUCCUCAGAAUUUUGAACCUGGCAAAUAUAGCAGUGUUUGAUUAUGACCAAUUCUGGAUGGACCUGAAAGCUUAUUCGGAACAAGCACAUGCUAUUUUACUUCCAAAGUCAUACAAUAAUGCCUUGGGAGUUAGUUACAAGAUAUUCGAUACGAUACCUCGAGAGAAAGUUAGAAGCAAAGUGUCACCAAUUCUUUUACGGAAAGAUAGAAAAAAUUUUGCCGAAAUCGCUGGAAUGAAACAGGCUCAUUUGCGAGAAGCAGUCGCAAUGACCCAGUGGAUGAUGAAAAUGGAAAAUGAUAUGGAAAGCAACAGUCUUAUUCGCGAAUCAGAUGCUAUUGAACGACUUCGAGAAAUCAGAUAUAAACAGCAGUUUAGUAGAGGCGAAAGUAGUGAAUGUGUCGCUGGUUAUGGACCUAAUUCAGCUAACUUUUUUCAUAUUCCGAAAAAUAAGUCUGCGAUUGAAAUUGGGAAGGAUAAAACAUUCAUGGUCACCACUGGUGGUCAAUAUGAUGAUGGUACAACACGAAUAGCAAGAACUCUGCAUUAUGGAAUACCAACUGAACAUCAAAAAUCGGCAUAUACAGCUCUAUUGGCAGGUAUCAUUGAUCUCGUAAAAUUAAUAUUUCCAUCUGGAACUUCAGCCUGCACGACUGACAUUGUUAUACAGAUGCCUCUCUAUAGAAUAGGACAAGAAUAUGAAUACGAAACUGUUCAAGGAAUCGGCGCAUCGCUUGGUGUCUAUGAAGCUUUUAACGACACCUAUGACAUCAAUGCCUUCAGAAUCCAAGGUAUAGGUUAUCGUCAGGGAAGAGAAUGGGGAGCUCUUUUAGAAAACGUUGUUACUGUUGUUGCAGCUAACACAACAUUUAAACCUGAAAAGCAAUUCAUGACCUUCAAAAUGAUCACGCUAAUGCCUUAUGAGAGGAAACUCAUUAAUCCGAACCAACUCACAAAUGAACAGCUCGAGUGGUUGAACAAAUAUCACGAAGAAGUAAGAUCGAAGGUUGGAGCUGAAUUAGGGAGACAGGGAGACGAAAUCACUCGCAAGUGGUUAAGUACAAAAACCGAGCCACUCAAAAGAAUUGUUAAUGACAAAAACAAAUCCGGUCUCGAAUCCCCUUACAAAUUUGGGAUUUGAACAAUUUAAUACCUCGUCGUUGUAACUGUUAACUCGUAUCAAUAAAAAUAGGGUCAUGGUCAUUUUACGAAAAUUAA